AGAACAGCUCAGUGUUGAGGUCCUACAUGAGGGGCGAGGCCCUCCCUCAGAACGGACAGUCCAUGUCGCUGGCCUGCUUCCUGGUGUACCGCUCCAUCCCCUGCCUCAGGAACACACACGCUCAGCUGGAGAGCUGCAGCUCUCUGGGAGAUUUGUUGUCUCGUAGCAGCCAGUUGAGGAUCCCUCUCAGAGAUCUACUGCGACUGGUUCCCGUCCUGCUUGGCUCUGCCUCCGGAGCAUUCCCUCUGCAAGCAUUUUGAUCCGAUGCUAGUCACCUGGCUAGCUAGCUCUCACAGGUGCUCUUCGUAACCUUACGUUCCCACUGCGAGCACAGGUAGGAUCUGAUUUCUGUAACACCUGCGAGUGUGUGCAGGAAGGGGAACAACGUAACGGCUGUCCUGCCUCUGAGAUGAACUGUUUGGAAAACACAGACUUUGUUUCCUUCUCAGUCACUAAUUAGUAGAGUUUUGUAAAAUAAUGUUGCUAUUUAGUUAGUUUUUUACAGCAUGAAGACAUUAGGCUGCAGUAAUGAUGCAGCACAUGUGCCAUUUCUUUGGUACAACAAAUCAAGUACCGUGACUUUUUUUAGAUGGGUGCCUCUUCCUCGAUGUUCCAACAGAAAACACAUUUUCUCCACCGCCAAACAAGGACAGAAAGGACCGGUCAGUACACGAUGGAAGGAUUGGCCUGUAGUUGUAUCGAUGUUGCCUUUGAGCUCAGGCCACUGUGUUCUGUCGACGAGACGACAGGGGCUAUCAAAUAAAAAAGUACUUGCACACUUGA